AUGAUAGGAAGAUCUCAUCCAAUCUUUGAGAGCUCGGCGAUGAUAGCCAACCAAACUCGACAAGGAACACCAUCCGGCCCUUUGAAAUAUUGCAGUAAUCAGGCUAUUGGAAAAUCUGGAGGGCAAGUUCAUGAAACAAGGUCACAUGCUCACUCAUCUGCUGAUGAGGGAGAGGAAAGAAUGGUGACAAGGAAGCAGAAGGCAGCUGAGAGCAAGGUACAUGAAUUAGCCGGGCAGUCGCCCAAGAAAUCAAAGGCCGAAAGCGACAAUGGUAGUCAUGGUUGUGAUGGAAAAUCAUCAACUGACAUUGCUGAUCCGGAGUUCGAUAAGUUCUGUAAAGCUGCAAGAGAACUCCUCUCAAUCCAACAGAUGCGCCAGAUUCUGGAAGCCAACCGACAGGAUAGUUCUGGAUCCGAUGCUGCUGUUGUCCGUAGAUGUCUGGACAUGCUGUUGUAUGGGCCGCUAGACAACUGUCCGGUUUGCGGUGGCACUUUGGAUUGUGAUGGCACUAGGUAUUCAUGCAAAGGAGCAUAGAGUGAGUGGUCUACUUGCAUCUUCUCCAUGAGGGAUCCUCCAAGUAAAAAUGAAAGGGUCAAACUACCCGAUUCCGUUCCAAAAUCUGCUGUUUUCGAUUUGCUAAAGAGCCACGAAGAACUGAAGCAUCGCCCACAAAGGGGCUUAUGCCCCCCCUACAAACCAUUUGCAGGAAUGACAAUUGUUCUAUCGGGUCGCCUUUCAAGAACACAUCAAGAUUGGAAGUCCAAAAUUGAGAAACAUGGCGGAAAAGUUGCAAAUUCAGCAAUUGGUGCAACUUGCGUAGUUGUAUCUCCUGCGGAGCGAGAACGUGGUGGCUCAAACAAGAUUGCAGACGCAAUGUUAAGAGGCAUACCGAUGGUAAGGGAAGCAUGGUUGAUUGAUAGCAUCAAGAAACAGGAAGCUCAGCCUCUCAACGCUUAUGAUUUUGUCAAUGACCUUUUAGUAUAUGGAAAAGGAAUUUCUAGCGAAGAGGCAAUUGAAUCCAUUUCAGCAGAAAUCAAUUUGUACGGAAAGAGAGUUGUCCACAAGGACACUAAGUUGGAAGAUCAAGGUGGAAAAAUCAUGGAAAAAGAUGGGAUUUUGUUCAACUGUGCCUUUUCAGUUUGUGACCGAGCACGCAGAGUUAACGAUUAUUGUGUCGUGCAACUGAUUACGGUACCCGAGAGUGGCUUGUACAUGUACUACAAAAAAGGACAAGUUGGCAAUGAUGCCAGAGCAGAGGAAAGGCUUGAGGAAUGGGGUAUCGUGGACAGCGCUGUGGAGGAGUUUUCUAGGCUGUUUAAGGAGCUAACUGGAAACGAGUUCGAGCCAUGGGGGAGAGAGAAGAAAAUCCAGAAGUGCAAUCGAAGACCUUGUACCUCAUUGUAGUCUUUUUGGUAUGGAGUGAUGCUUAUUCUAGAGAGAUCUUCUAAAAUGUAGGAUGAUGGAGUUGAUGUUCGACAUGGGAUCAGUCUUCGGAAGCUUGGAGCUGCAGCAGCCCAUUGCAAAUUGGAGCCGUUGGUUAAAAUUUUUAUGAAGGUCUUGUGCAGUCGACAGAUCUACAGGUAUGCUCUGAUAGAUAUGGGGUUGGACGCCCCCGACCUUCCAAUGGGAUGCUCUCCCAAUUUCCAACUCCGAUAGUGUGCGGAUAUUCUGCUUGAAUUUGUUGAGAGAGUGAAAUUUUUAAUGACGAGGGUCAAGGCUAGGGCUGUGAGGACAGAUUACAGCCAGAGAUGGUUUACACUCGUGCACUCUACUAGCAGGCCUUUCAUUUUCCGUGACUAUCAAGAUAUUGCAGACAAUGCUGCGACUGCACUAGAGACUAUCCGAGACAUAACAGUGGCUUCUCAUCGACUUAUAGGAGACAUGACAUGUCCUACCAUUGAUGACCCUCUUUAUAAUCGAUACCAGAAAUUGGGCUGCUCGGUUUCUGCUCUUGAGAAGAAUUCUAAAGAUUACAAGAUGAUCCUGAACUAUUUGGAGAAAACAUAUGAACCAGUCAAAGGCUAUGGAGUGUCGGUUGACAAAGUUUAUGCAGUCGAACCAAGUGCUUGCCCUUCCUAUGAUGAAAUCAAGAAGUUACCAAACAAAGCCCUCCUAUGGUGUGGUACUCAGAGUUCAAAUUUGUUAAGACAUUUGCAUAAAGGUUUUCUGCCCGCCAUAUGUUCCCUUCCUGUUCCUGGAUAUAUGUUUCACAAGGCUAUCGUUUGCUCGGAUGCUGCAGCAGAGGUUGCUAGAUACAGCUUUACUGGAGUCAACAGGCCAGAGGGGUUCUUGCUUUUGGCUGUUGCUUCUUUGGGGCAGCAAGUUAUAGAGUUCAGGAGCCCACCUGAGGACACGAAAUGGUUGGAAGAGAAGAAGAUGGGAGUGAAGGGGUUGGAGAAAAAAACGGAUGAAUCAGAACACUUUAUCUGGAAAGACAACAUCAAGGUGCCAUGUGUUGAUGAUGUCCCGUCAGACGUUAAAGACAGCAUUCUAGAGUACGAGUAUGGUGUCUAUGAUCCAAAACAGAUAUGUACAACUAUUAAUGUUAGCAUAAGGUACUUGGUGGCAGUGAAGUAUGAAGAGAAGGGCGUGGUGAUGGACACUGUGGAGUGA